GACCUUUUUUCGAAGAAAAAGACCAUUACCAUACUAAAAACCCCCAAAAGAAACUUAUUGAUCACCAAUUAAUACAAUUAUUAUACCACUUUUCAAAUUAUUGAUCACCAAUUAAUACAAUUAUUAUACCACUUUUUAAAUCGAUUACAUACACAUCACCACUCAAAUCACACCACUCAUAAAUAUUAAAAUCAUUAACCUUUAACGCAAUUAUACCUCAUUCAAUUCAAAAGGCACACAAAAAAAAUAUGCCAAUAAUUUGCGAAAUAUACUCCCUUGAGUCCUUGACCACAACCAAACAACAAGACCACUCACUCAUUCCCUCACUCGAAAUUUGUUUGGUAGGUGAGAUUGUGUAUUUGGUGGUACGACAAUUAAAAAAAAAUAAAAAUAAAAUUAUUACAUAUAAAAACCCCUCAAUAUCCACCUUUUUGCCCCUUCAUAUUUUCAUUUCUUGUUCUCUGUCAUUACAUCUUACCACCGAAAUCUCUGCUACUUUUUUUCUGUUUUUUUUUUUUUUUUUUUUUUUUUGUUUUUAAUUUUCUCUCUCCUCUAAUUUUUCUUCAUAUGUUACGACUCAACUGAGUCAGACACACACACACAAUCCCCACUCUUCUCUCUACUGCCCUAAACAAUGGGCCACAAGAAGCGCGCAACCAUCACCACCUCCGCCGCCUCUCACCGGAAUUUAUCAUCGCCGCCGUCAACACCGCCGACGAAGGAAAUCAAUUCUCCGGCGACCGAGUUGGCCGAGAUGAAGCAGGAGUGUGAGAAAGCCCUAAAUGCGCUUCGUCGUGGUAAUCACAACAAAGCGCUGCGAUUGAUGAAGGAAUCGAGUCAGAAAUUCGAGAGUUCUGCGGUUUUUCAGCGUGUUCAUGGUACUAUUGCUGUGAAAGUUGCGGGGAUAAUGGAUGAUCCGAAUACGAAGCAGCGGCAUUAUCGAAACGCGGUGGAAUCGGCGAGGAAGGCAGCGGCGUUGUCGCCGAAUUCGAUUGAGUUUGCGCAUUUCUACGCGAGUUUGUUGUUUGAUACUGCGAAUGAUGGGAAGGAUUACGAGGAGGUGGUUGCGGAGUGUGAGAGAGGAUUGUCGAUUGAGAAUCCAAUUGAUCCUAUUAAGGAUAAUUUGAAUAAUCAGCAUUUGGAGGAUAAAUCGUUGUUGAAUUUGACGCCGGAGGCGAGGAUUGCGCAGGUGCAGGGGGAGCUGAGGGGAUUGAUCCAGAAGUCGAAUAUCGCGUCGAUUUCGACAUGGAUGAAGCAUUUGGGAGGGCCGCCUGGGGAGGAGAAGUUUAGGUUGAUUCCGUUGAGGAAGUUUGCGGAGGAGCCGUUGGAUUCGAGGUAUUUUUCGACCAGUAAUUCGAAUUCAAGGAGGCCGAAUGAGAUCAAGAAGGCUACUAAGACGACUGAGGAGAGGAGGCAGGAGAUUGAGGUUAGGGUUGCUGCUGCUAGGUUGUUGCAGCAGAAGUCUGAGCAGGGGCAGGAUGCUGAGGAGGGGAAAAAUGGCGGUGGUUCGAUGUCGAGUAGUGUGGUUUCUGGGACUGGUGUGAGUAAGGUUGGUGAUAGGAGAAAAUAUGGGAGUUCUAAAAGAAAUUCUAGCUUUUCUGAGCGGAAAGAUCAGGUGAGGUCAUUCUGGAACUCACUGAGUUCUGAAACAAAGAGGGGGUUGUUGAGUGUUAGGGUUAGUGAUCUUAGGGCGCAUUUUAGUGCCCCGUCUAAUAAGGAUGGAGGUCAAGCGUGUGAGGUUUUGUCAGAGGCUCUUGAGUUUGGUAAAACUAAUAAGACUUGGAAGUUUUGGACUUGCUGUCGUUGUGGGGAAAAGUUUUCACAGGCUGAUGCUCACAUACAGCAUGUGGUUCAGGAGCAUAUGGGGAACCAAUUGUCAAGAGUGCAGACUGCUGUGCCACAGAGUGUUGCUAAUGAGUGGGUCGAAAUGCUUAGUAAUUGUUCUUGGAAACCCUUAGAUUUGACUGCCUCUGUGAGGAUGCUAGAAGAUCAGUCAAAAUCCGAAGACUCUGAGUUUUCUGGAAUGGAAAACCACAAGGAGCGAAUUGAUGACUGCUGGAAUGACACUUUUGAGGAAGUGUGGGACUCAUUACCGGAGAAAAAGAGCUUGGCUGAUGGUUUCUGUGAGAGUAAAGAAUAUGAUAGAGAUUCGAACAUCGAGUGUAAAACAUGUGAUAGAAAAGAAAGCUCCAAGGUGUACAGUCUUACAAAUAGUUGGCCUUUAUAUGAUGAUAUUGAGCGGGCAAAAUUGCUCGAGAAGAUCAGCUCUUUAUUUCAAAUGCUAAUUAGGCACAAAUGUCUUGCUGUGACGCAUCUCCAUAGGGUGAUACACUAUACCAUGGAGGAGUUACAGGGCCUUUUUCCUGGCUCAAAGAUUCUAAACUCUGGUGUGGAUGAUACCCCUUUAUGUAUAUGCUUUUUGGGAGCUAACCAGCUUAAGAGGUUAAUAAAGUUUCUGCAGGAUGUGUCUCAUGCUUGUGGUGUGAGUAGAUAUCCCGAGAAAAUCACCGCAGAUAAUGCCAGUAAUUGCUCCCAAGUUUCUGACUAUGAGGAAAGAAUCAUGCUUAGUGAUGAUGCAUCAUCCCUCUUACUGGAUGAGAACUUACUGAAUUUUGAUGGCACGAGAAAUGACUUGGGUUUAGGCUAUUCUAUUGGUGUCUCUGAGAAGAGUGUUCAGCCCGGUUCUGAUUCUUUUUUGUCCUGGAUAUAUGCUGGAUCUUCUAGUGGGGAACAGAUAGCAACAUGGUGCAGACUCAGAGAAGAAAGAUCACAGCAAGGUAUGGAAUUGCUGCAGAUGCUUGAGAAGGAAUUUGGCCAUCUCCAGAGCUUAUGUGAUAGGAAAUUUGAGCAUGUGGGUUAUGAAGAAGCUCUGCAGGGAUUGGAGGAGCUUUGUCUGAAAGAAAGCAAGAAGAGGGAACACAACACUGAAUUUUCUUAUCAUAGCUAUGAGUCGCUCCUCAGGAAGCGCAGAGAUGAGCUUGUUGAAGGUGAAAACGAAGUUAUGUCUGUCUGCAAUGAUAGGAUGGAGCUGGAUGCCAUCGCGAAUAUCUUGAAGGAUGCGGAAACUAUCAAUACUACUCAGUUUGGAUAUGAAGAAACCUAUGAUGGGGUAACUUCUCAUCUAUGUGACUUGGAAGCUGGUGAAUAUGACUGGAGAUCUAAGGACUAUCUUCAUCAGUUGGACACAUGCACUGAGAUGGCUAUCCAGAAACAAAAGGAACAGAUGAAUAUAGAGCUGUGCAAAAUUGAUGCAAGUAUAAUGCGGGAUGUAGCCAGCAUGCAGCAACUGGAGCUAAAGCUUGAACCUGUUUCUUCUCUUGAUUAUCGAUUUGUGCUAUUGCCACUUGUGAAGUCAUUCAUGCGGGCACUCUUAGAAGAUCUUGCAGAGAAAGACGCCACAGAGAAAUCUGAUGCAGCCAGAGAAGCAUUCUUGGCAGAACUGGCUCUUGAUUCUAAGAAAGGCAGUGGAAGUGGAAAUGAUAACUCAAAACAAAGUCAAGAUAAGAUGAAGGACAGGAAAAAAAAUAAAGAUUCCAGGAGAAGCAAGGAUUUAAAAGUUGGAAGCUAUAAUGAGCACCUUGAGCCUUCUGAACAAUUUUCUCUUAGUGUUUCCUCUGACGUUGAUAUUGUGGAUAGUGACCUAGUGCCUUUGGAAAGUAGUGAUAACCUUAAAGACCUGGAGGAAGAAUUUCGAAGAAAGAUUGAGCUUGAGGCAGAAGAACGGAAACUUGAAGAAACUUUGGAGUACCAGAGACGGCUGGAAAAUGAGGCAAAACAGAAGCUUCUUGCUGAGCAGCGUAGAAAAAAUGUUGCAGCCCCUCAAGAUGCUGAGCAGUAUGUGGGUGAUGUUCCUUUGGAGCCUGGCUUCUCAGUAGCUGCACCCUGUAAGCAAGACCAACAGGUAUUGAAGAGUGAAUCUGAGAAAAACAUAGAUGGUCUGGAUAAAAACCUGAGGGAUGGCAGUGAUUGUGCUGGUGUUGCUAAUGAUGAAUGUAAUAGAAGUGAUAUAAGUUAUCUUAAGCAAGGAUUAUCUGAUGGAGAAAUUCCAAAUGAAGUUUUGCCUUCUGAACGACGAACUGCAAGGAGAGGGAAGCGUAGGAGCUCCACAAAGAUAUCAGAAGGAAGGUAUCAAGCUGUUUCUUCUGGAAAGGAAGAUAUUAAAGUUGAGAAUUCAGCUGCCGAUAUAAUGCAAAAAGACCAAGUCUGGAAUCAGGAUGAUGGUGUCAGUCGCAAUGUUGUAGACGGUGGGUCAAAAACACUUCGACAAUUACAAGCUGAAGAAGAUGAGGAGGAAAGGUUUCAAGCAGAUUUGAAGAAAGCUGUGCGGCAAAGCUUAGAUACAUUUCAAGCCCGUAAGAAGCUGCCUUUGGUUCCAAAUUCUAGGGUAGUACAACAUACCUUGCAGAAUGCAGAUGGUUUGGGAACAGAAACUGGUGAUUCGAUUAGCGUAAAUGUGAAUGAAUUGGAUUCCUUUGGUGCAGGACUGCAGAAUGAAAUUGGUGAAUACAAUUGCUUCUUAAAUGUGAUCAUUCAGUCCCUGUGGCAUCUAAAACGGUUUCGGGAAGAGUUUUUGAGGAGAUCGCCUUCUGAGCAUGUUCAUGUGGGAGAUCCUUGUGUUGUUUGUGCGUUGUUUGAUAUCUUAACAGCAUUAAGUGUAGCAUCUGAUGAUGCAAAAGGCGAGCCAGUGGCACCUACUACUUUGAGGAUUGCUCUGAGUAAUAGAUUUCCAGAUAGUAGUUUCUUUCAGGAGGGUCAGAUGAAUGAUGCUUCUGAAGUGCUGGAUGCAAUAUUUGAAUGCCUGCAUCAAUCAUUUAUUUCAGGUCCAGGCGGUUCUGACAGUGAGUCACUACUAAAUAACCGCUUACAGUCUUGGGAUUGCACCAGCCCUUCGUGUAUAGCACACACUCUUUUUGGAAUGGAUAUAUUUGAACAAAUGAAUUGCUAUAGUUGUCAUUUGGAGUCCAGGCAUAUGAAGUACACUUCUUUUUUUCAUCACAUUAAUGCCAGUGCCCUGCGAACAAUGAAGGUAAUGUGUGCAGAAAGUUCAUUCGAUGAGCUAUUGAAUUUUGUUGAGAUGAAUCAUCAAUUAGCUUGUGACCUAGAAGAUGGUGGGUGUGGGAAGCUUAAUCAUAUUCAUCACAUUCUCUCAAACCCUCCUCACAUCUUCACUGCAGUUCUUGGUUGGCAAAAUACAUGUGAGAGUGUUGAUGACAUUGCAGCAACUUUGUCAGCCUUGGCUACUGAGAUAGACAUCAGUGUGCUUUAUCGUGGUCUAGAUUCCAAGAAUGUGCAUCGCCUGGUUUCCGUGGUUUGCUAUUAUGGUCAACAUUAUCAUUGCUUUGCUUAUAGUCAUGAAUGUGAGAGAUGGAUAAUGUAUGAUGACAAGACAGUGAAGGUCAUUGGCACCUGGGAGGAGGUCCUUUCCAUGUGCGAAAGAGGGCAUUUACAACCCCAGGUUCUCUUUUAUGAAGCUGCAAACUGACUGAAUGCAGGGCCUGGUCAUUAUAGCUAGAGAAUGGGAGGGUAAACGGCAAAAUCGUCUGUGGUUAUAAAUAAUGCCUUGCUGAAGGCGUUUUGAUUAAGUCACUGAUAUCUUCCAGAAAGUUGAAAAAGUUCGAUGAUUGAAAUCCUAAUUUCUGCUAGAAAGAGGAUUAGAGAGAGAAAAGUUUUGCUCACUGAAGAGUAUCUGACACAGCGUCUUCCUGGAACGGAGUCAAAACAACACUGAAAUGAUACUGGAAGAUGCUUCAUUAUAGGUCGAUGUACUUGAGAUAAGAUGUCAUAUCAUACUGCAGUGUUGUCGGAAAAUGGGGGAGCAUCUGCCAUCUUUGUCUUCCUCAAAGGAAAUUACUGACAAAGGCUCAUUGUAUACAAGCAUAUUUGCCUUUUGGCCACCCCUUAAGGUGGUUCUAAGGGAAGUUGGAGAACACCAACUGGCUGCAAAUAUUAUGGGUUACAACUUACAACAAAGAUUAUUUACCGCCUGCAAUAGGGAGAACUAAAACAGCAAAUAUGUAUCUUACUCGAGCUCAAUUCCUCUGUUCCCUACUCAUGGACAGAAAAGAGCAUGCCUUUGGAAAAACGAAACAAGGAAAAGUGAGGAAAUUUUUUUGUAUAGGUAGUGCGGUGUCCCAUUGAACUUGUUGCAGGCUAGAAUACUAUUCAAUAUGAGAAUUUUGACGAUGAAUAGAAAUUGGCAGAUUAGAUAAUGUGAUAAUUCCAGUUCUUGCAGCAAAAUUCCUCACUCCCCGCCUCAUUCCCUAUGUGAAGAAGGCUGAAAGCCCUGUAAUUAGGGUCAUAUUAUGCGAAGUUUUGGUUAUGUGGUCCGUAAGCUCAUUUCGCACUGAAAUUCCUGUCUUCAUCAAUGACAAAUAAAAAAAGAAAAGAGAGAAGCGGGGAUGGCCACGAUGGGAGAGAUGAAUAAUGCAUAUUUGAUUUGAUGAAAUGGUCUUUAAGUACUCCUUUCGUCCCUAAAUAAAAUUUUUAAUUUCUUUUAA